AUGGCUUCUCUACAGAGACUCGUUAUCUCGGUGCUGCUGAUUCUCACCGUUACUUUUGUCUUCUUCGCGCAGGCGUCUGAAGGAGCGAAGGGGCCAAAGAUCACCCACAAGGUGUACUUUGACAUUGAACACGAUGAUAAGCCCCUUGGACGUAUCGUGAUUGGUCUUUAUGGCAAGACGGUGCCAAAGACAGCGGAGAACUUCCGCGCUUUGGCUACCGGAGAGAAGGGCUUCGGAUAUGAGGGCUCUACCUUCCACCGAGUGAUUAAGAGCUUCAUGAUCCAAGGUGGUGACUUCACCAACGGCGAUGGUACCGGCGGGAAGUCCAUUUACGGCAACAAGUUCCCGGAUGAGAACUUCAAGUUGAAGCACAGCAAGAAGGGCCUCCUCAGCAUGGCCAAUUCGGGCAAGGACACCAACGGCAGCCAGUUCUUCAUCACCACUGUUGUCACCUCCUGGCUCGACGGGCGCCACGUCGUCUUCGGCGAGGUGCUCGAGGGCUACGAGAUCGUGGACCAGAUCGAGAACGUCCCCAAGGGCGCGGGAGACAAGCCGUCCAAGACCGUCAAGAUUGCCAAGAGCGGCGAGCUCGAGGUCCCAGAAGAAGGUAUCCACGUGGAACUCUAAGCCAGCCGGGCCACCGUCUGUCUGCUCUGACAACGCUGAUAAUUGACCUUCUGAAGAAGACUUGUUCGGAUCAGCAGACGCUGCUGUCCCCGGAGACGACCUGGAUGUCACGGUAUCGCGGCAACCGUCGCCGGAAAAGGUAGCAGAAACGGGCG